GAGAUUAUUCUCGCUGUCACCAAUAUAUUGACCGUGCAACAUGGAUUUCAGUUGAGAUCUCUUGUGUUUGUCAGUUGUUGCACAAAUCUUGUUCCGUUAUUCCACAAAAAUUACGGAAUCGAUGAGGAACAUGAAGUACUUAACGAUUUUUCUUCUUGUCACAUCGGCUGUUGCUGUAAUUGCUAAGGACCUACCUGAAUUUCUCCACGUCUGCAAACGAAAUGAUCCGAACAUUAACGAAUGCAUCAAAGCCAGCGUUGAACACCUGAGGCCGUAUCUGGUGAAGGGUGUGCCAGAGUAUCAAAUCCCUUCGAUCGAGCCCUUGCUCCUGAGGGAGCUCGUCGCCGCUGAGGGGGGUGGACUGAAGCUCUCUGCCAAGGAUGUCAAUGCUUAUGGUGCCAGUGACUUCUCCGUGACUAAGAUGAAUGCUGAUAUGGGUACAUUCACGUACCUUCUGGACGUCUUCCUCCCUCACUUGAGUAUCGACGGCCAAUACGAGAUUGACGGAAAGGUUCUACUACUGCCAAUAACCGGGUCAGGUCGUCUCACCGGUAAUUUCACCGAUUGCCUCGGCGCCGUCAAAUUUACCGCGGAAACGGAGACCAUGAACGGUGUGGAGUACUUCCGCGUGAGGGAAUUUAAUUUAAAAAUUACUGUUGGCAAGGGGGUACUGAGAUUGGAUAAUUUGUUUGGUGGUGACAAGGUCAUCGGGGAUGUUGUUAACAAUGCGAUCAACAAUAAUUUCGAUGCUUUCAUUAAGGAGCUUAUGCCCAUUGUUGAAAGAGCUUUAGGGACAGCCUUUCGUGAUAUCGGACAAAAUAUUGUUAAUCAAUUUACCUACGAUCAACUCUUUCCUUUAGAUUAAUGGCUUUGUGAUUGGCAAGUUAUGAUUAAGCCCCGGAGCGAGAGGAAUUCCAUUAUUCAAAUUUUCCAUGAUAUUUAAUCAGGGACUCAUGUUGCAUAAUAAUGAUAAUUUUAAUUUUAAUCUAAAUCCGUUUUUCAAUGUUUCGACUCCAGAGAAGUAACAAAUUUUUUCAAAUUCAGAAAUUUUGACUGACUCCGCCGAAGAACCUCGACAUUGUAUUUUAUUGUACUAAUUUUAUAGGAAAAGUGAUGAUCGAUGACUAAUAAAAUAAUAUUAAUAUA